GCAAUGAGCGCACCCGCAGCAACACAGCCUCAGCAGGACGAAGCAGCCAAGGCCGCUGCUGCCCUCGAUGCCGCUCUGACCAAGUACAAGGUCGCUGGUGACAUUGGAGCUAAGGCUCUCAAGUCGGUCAUCGCUGCCGCCAAGGCAGGCUCCACGGUUGGCGAGCUCUGCAAGGUCGGAGACGAUGCCGUAGCGGAGGGAACCUCGACCGUCUACAAGUCAGACAAGAAGCUGCAGAAGGGAUCCGCCUUCCCUACGACGAUCUCCAUCAACAACAUCAUCUGCAACAACGCUCCUCUCCCCAACUCAGACGCCGCCAAGACCGCCCUCAAGGACGGCGACGUUGUCAAAAUUCAACUCGGCGCUCACAUUGACGGCUUCCCCGCCAUCAGCGCCGAGACCAUCGUCGUUGGAGCGGACAAGAGCAAGCCCGCCGAGGGACCUGCGGCCGAUGCGAUCAAGGCCGCCUUCACUGGUGCAGAGGCGGCGAUCAGAUUGUUGAAGCCGGGAGCCAUCACGACGGAGGUGUCCAAGGAGGUGGAGAAGGCCAUCAAGCAAUUCGGCUGCAGGGCAGUCGAGGGGAUGCAGACCAAUCAAGUCGAACAAAACGUCAUUGACGGCAAGAAGAAGAUCGUCCUCAACGCUGCCCCCGAGCAACGCCCCGAGGCAUUCAAGCUGGACGAGGGCGACGUCUUCGCGGUCGACAUCUCCGUUACCUCCUCCGCCGAGGGCAAGCCCAAGACGGACGAGGGGGCCACGACCAUCUACAAGAAGACUGGCUCAACCUACCUCCUCAAGAUGGCCACCUCGCGCAAGGUCUUCAGCGAGAUCCAGAAGAAGGCCGGCGCUUUCCCCUUCACCAUCGCGAUGCUCGAGGACGAACGCGGGCGAACCAUGGGCGUGAGGGAGUGUGUGAACCACAACCUGCUCACGUCGUUUGACGCCCAGUACGACGGUGCGGCUGGAGCGGUGACGGCGCAAUUCUUCUUCACCGCAGUCGUGACGGCCAAGGGAGCCAUCCGUGUCACGCCUGAGCCUUCGUGGUACAGCGACGAGGUGGUCAAGAGCGGCAAGAGCGUUGAAGACGAGGGACUGAAGACGCUGUUGGCUCAGCCGGUGAGGCAGCAGGGCAAGAAGGCCGCGAAGAAGGCGGCUGCGGCGAGCGCUGAGAAGAAGGCGUGA